GCUUGUCGGCAAGGUCUAACAGUGUCUAAAAAUGUCCAAAUGCUUUUUGUUGCCACUGUAUAUAUUUCAUUCUGUCUGUAGGCCAACCAUCUCUGACUCUGAACAAUCUGGACUGAAUCUUCAGCCACUCCCAGUGUGUCAGUCUUGUGUUCACAUUGUUGACUCUGAUCAGUGGGUUCAGGUGGAGCCGUCAGUCUGUACAGAUGAAGGAGGCUCAGAGUUCAGGAUCAGCACUCCGGCGGGUCGAUUCGAGUGCAGCAGGACCAGAAUGCGAUGGGUCUGUGCUGGUGACGUCACUCUCCAGUACAGUGCAGGGGAUGGACGUUCCCUCAGAGCAGAGCUGGAGAGACUUCAGUGUGAGCGGAUUGGUCCUGUGAUUGAUGUGACAGUGAUCUCAGGGAAACUGGAGGAGGCCCAUCUACCUCAUUACGCUUGUUUAGCAGAGUUGGACCGCUCUUUCACAGAAAGUGUAAAGGUCCUCAAUGUUGAAGAUGAUGGAUUAACCUUUGAAUCAGUGGAGUUGACACGUUUUCAUGCCAAAAUACUCCAGCCAUAUUUUUCUCCUAAAACAGUUCUUAUGAAACUAGGGAUACCAGUGAAAGUGCACUGUGAUCUACUUAUCUUCAUGACACACAAGAACCCCAUCAUUCUCCAUGUUUAUUUUUUCCCAUCAGAUUCAGUUUUUAAAGAAAAAAUUAAGGUUGAGGAAAAAUCUAGUCAACCAAUCAGUUGUCCAAGACCUGAAACCCCACUGCGGAUGAUGAAACAACACAGUCUUGAGGUUCCUGGUGCUUCUGUCCAACCCGAAGAGAUCAAAUUAAGAGGAGACAUCGAUCCAAACUUCUUUAAGGUCAAACAUCCUGUGGUCGAUGACAUCAAAAUGUCUCUCAGCCGAGUGGAUGAUCCGAAAUCAGUUUGGACUGCAACAAUUUGGAAAGAAGAACUAGACAAAACAAUUACAAGCAAAGGUGCGUCUAGUUUGUACCAACAUGGAGAAAUGCAAACAAAACCACAAGUGUCUGUCAACUUUGAUAAAGUUAAGUUUUUUGAUAAAAAUUGGUGUGCUCUUAUUAAAAGUGUUAAGAAUGUGAACGCCAUUGCAGACAAACUGCUUCAGGAGGAGGUCAUUAGUGAAGAAAUGUAUUCUAAAAUCACACAUCUGACUUCAACUAAGGAAGAAAGCAUGAGAGAGAUCUGCUGCAAAGUACGUAAAAGCAGUGUCCAUGUGAAAAAUCUCUUCAUGUCUGUUAUUCAGGAAGAGGAGCCCAGUCUUUUAAAUUAGGGUUGUCCAAGCCUGUUCCUGGAGGACCACUAUCCUGCAGAGGAUAGCUCAAACCCUAAUUAAACUCACCUGAACCAGUUAAUCAAGGGCUGUAUCUGAACUCGCUCCCUAUACCCUCAAAUAGGGCAUUUGAGGGGACAUCCAUUUUUAGUGGUGUCCGAAACCAUAGUGGACGUUCUCGAGUGCACUCAUUCAAUCACACAAUGCACCACAAGAACAAGUGUACAACCAGUGCACGCUCCAUGGCUAGAAAAUACCCAGAAUUCCUGCAUCCCGCCAGAAGAUAGCGCCCACAGCUGAAUAAUCCAUCCAUUCAUUUUACAAAACAAUAGUCCACGGUGUAAUACAGCACAGGUACAAAUUGUAAAUUGAUUACUAAAUUGUUUAACCAGAGUCUAUCAUAAGUUCAAGAUAAAUCCUUUAAUCUUAUUACUGGAGCUGCCAGUUUCAAAUGAUUAUUAAACCGCAAGCAGAAACUAUGAAAAAGCGACAGUCCUCCGAAUUCACUCACUCGUUUUCAUUCAUUCCGUUAAGUGAACUGUAUUAGUGACCUAAUGUAGGGAAUAGUGAAUGAGGGUAUAGGGGGUGAUUUCGGAUACAGUCAAGGUCUUCAGAUUUGCUAGAUUCUUCCUGGCAAGUGUGUUGGAGCUGGUUGGAGCUUAAAUCUGCAGGACAUUGACCCUCCAGUAAUAGCAUUGUACACCCAUGUUUUAAAUGAUUUGCAUUUAUUGGACUCUCAGCUUUAAAAGGUUAAUGUGACCCACAAGUGCAAAGAUCAAUGCGUUUAUAUAUUUUGAUGCAUUUCAUUGUAAAAUGUUUAUAGGGAGAGUGGGGUACAAUGUAUGUGUAACUCCCUUGAUCUACAAAACUUUAUUUUCUCCCUUUUUUGUCAAGUGAUUAUAUAUUUAGAAAGGGAUCAUCAUAUGCUGUGACUGAAAGGAGCACAUGAGAAAAGUGGUAAGCACGUUU